AUGACUUACGUUCAUGAUGAAUCAGAAACUUUAUCUGAUAUUGAUGAUGAAGAAGUUGAUUUGUACAUUGAUGAUGAGGAGGGGAAGCAUAUCAAGAAGAUACUGUGGGAAACAACAUAUAGGGAGUAUCUUGAGGAGCAGGCAGCCAAGGAAGCAGCUGCAGCAGCUAGCAAGAAAGCUUUUGAGGCAAAAUUUGAAAACUGUUCGGAGGAUAUACUAGCGGCAAGAGAGCUUGCUGCAUCUUCUACUGAAGCUGUGGCAAAAUCCAAAAAGGAAAUGAGACAGAAACGAGCUUAUGAGGCAAAAAAUACAAGGCCAGCUCAAUCUGCUGCAGAGGCCUUUGGCCAAAUGUCUAAUAAAAAAAGGAAUUUGCAGGGUCUCAAAUCUAAAGUCAAUUUUAAACUCCUGAAUGAAUUGUUUGAUGAAAUGGAUACGCAGGAAAAUACCGAUGGUCUCAAGAAAUAG